AUGUCGGAAAUAGAGGAAAUAAAUUUAGAGUAGACUACAUCCAAGAAUAGAUAAUAGAGACAGUAACCUUAAUAAGGAAAAACUCGAAAACCAAUUAGAAAAUUCAAAAGAUAGAAUAAUUCCUUCUAAUUCAAAGGUAGGGAUAGAGAGAGAGAUGCACCAAGAUAAAAAGAAUGGAAAUAAUAAUAAUAAAACAGUGGAAAUGCUCCAGAACUCUAUGAAAUUGAUAUAUACAAUUUUUUAGCAAAAAACUAGAUCUCAGAUCUCAUUAGCGAUAUAAAGACAAGAUGUGGUGAAUUAGUAAAACUUCAUAUCGUCGCAAACAACAUUUAAGAAAAUGAAGCUGAGACGAGAGUUAUUUUAAAAGCUUUUUUUAAGGAUAAAAAAUCAGCUGAUGAAUGUUAUUUUUAAUAUAGUGAUGCCACUCUAGAUAAGUUGCUUUUAAGAACAGAGCGUAAAUAUUGAUGUAAAUUUAAUAUAUAUAAAAAUAAGAGAUUAAUAUGAAUUA